CGAGCGUUUUGUACAUUCGACCGCAGUGCACCGCGAGAAACGACCGCGCGAUAACCCGACGACAGCAAUCGCUGUUCAAAAGUUGUUACUUGAUAAUGUAAAUAAACAAUAACACGAGAUCUAUAUCGGUAAUAACGAACUACUUAGUUGAUCGAAAUCAUUCAUCCUAACAUCAAUACACCGAGAAGGUUUUAACACCGAGUUCUAGACGGACAACCGGAGUAGUGCGAGUGAGGACCUCCUUAUCGUUGCCGAAGAAGAACUACCCGUGUGAAUCACCCAUGGGAGUGAGGCAGAACCCGUGGACGCCGACCAAACGAAGAGGGCCCAUCGCUGCUGAAGCUUCCAGUCCUGGUCCAGCUGUGGUAUCCCUUCCUACCUUAAUAGGCAAACCACCGCAAGAGUCCCGUAGACCCAGAGCGCCCGCUUUUACCUUCGGCCAGAAACUUGAGGUUCCCGGAGGUGGCAAGGCAGGACCUGGACCGGCAUCUUACAAUACGGAAGGAAUGACAGCAAAAGGUCGCGCGGUCGGCCCAGCCGCGUCCUUGCACGGUCGGUGGCCGCCGCCACGGGUUGCGCCGACGCCGGCUCCCUGCGACUAUGAGCCGAACAAAGCCGCUAAAGUGGUGCUAGACCACGCUCCAGCGUUCUCUAUCGGCCUCCGAGUCAGUCCACCGCAACCCGGCGGGAAAACGCCAGCGCCGAACGUGUAUUCUAUGCCGCCUGUGCUUGGCGAAGCGAAAGAGGGAAGUAAGCGCGCCGCUCCAGCCUUCAGCAUCACCGGUCGGGGUAAAACUAUAGAGUCCAAGACUCCAAUGCCAGGCCCCGGCACGUAUACCACGGACAAGGCAGCAGUAGCGCUGACCAAACGACCGCCCGCAUACACCAUGGCCCCGAGGAGGGAAGUCAAACAACCAUCAGAAGCCGUCCCCGGGCCUGGAGUAUACUGUCCAGAGAAGGAUAAGUCACAAAAGUAUACAAUUUCGAGCAGAAUGAAAAUGGAAAGAGUAGAACAGCUUCCAGCUCCCAAUGCUUAUUGUCCAGAAAAAGCAGACCGAUUAUUGCGAGAAAAAUCACCAGCUUUCUCAUUUAGAACGAAAACCGAAAUAGUGAAGACUAGUCACGCUCCAGCUCCGAAUAUGUAUUCACCUGAGAAGUCUCUUCACUCCUUGAAAAAUGGACCAAAAUAUACAUUAGCGGGAAAAGGCGUUGCUGAAAAACACGAAGUAACACCAGCACCUAAUUCUUAUAAUCCUCAAAAAGCCGACAGACUUUUACAGUGCAGUUCCCCUUCAUUCUCACUACGUUCAAAAGAAGUAGUCGAGAAGAUUGAGCAAACACCGGGGCCGAAUGUUUACGCUCCUGAAAAGUCGAUGCAUAUGUUGAACGGAGGGCCAAAGUAUACAAUUACUGGGAAAGGAGUCUGCACCAAGAUUUCAGAAACACCGGCUCCGAAUAGUUAUGAUCCUGCAAAAGCUGAUAAAGUUCUUCACGAGAGCUCUCCAUCUUACACUUUUAGGAUUAAAGAACAAGCUGCCCUUCGAAGUGAAUCUCCUGCACCAAAUGUGUAUGCCCCCGAGAAAUCUAUGCAUAUGUUAGAUGGAGCUCCUAAAUUCAGUAUAAGUGGCAAAGGGCCAUCUGGUAAGAUUCCUGAAACACCAGGUCCAAAUGUUUAUUGCCCAGACAAAGCUGAUAAGUUGCUGCACGAAUCCUCUCCAGCUUACACCUUUAGAACAAAGGAUCAGAUCAGUAAAAAAGAUAAUACUCCGGCUCCUAAUAUGUAUGCACCUGAGAAAUCUAUGCACAUGUUAGAUAGUUCACCAAGAUUCACUAUUGCUGGCAAAGGGAGUGAUCAUAAAAUAGAAAAUACUCCAGCUCCUAACAUGUACAGUCUUGAUAAAGCAGACAAGCUUCUUCACGAAUCUUCGCCGGCUUAUACUUUUAGACCCAAAAGCUCUCUAGAUAAACCUAGUGACACUCCUGCCCCAAAUUGUUACGAUCCUCACUUAUUAGAUGGCACACCAAAAUAUAGUUUAUAUGGAAAAGGACAUGAUGCGAAGCCCGCUGUCACUCCAGGUCCAAAUGCGUAUGAUCCUCAUCUAAUAGAUGGAACCCCAAAAUUCACAAUGGCAGGAAAAGGCCAACCAGGAAAAACAUCUGAUGUACCGGCACCCAAUGCCUACAAUCCCUGUCUGCCAGAUGAUACUCCUAAAUUUUCUAUGUCUGGUAGGGCACCAGAUGGAAAACCGUUAGAUACUCCAGGGCCUAGUAAUUACGACCCGCAUAUUCCAAACGACUCGCCCAGAUAUACUAUAGCUGGAAAAGGGCCAGAUGGAAAAUUACCCGAUGUUCCAGCCCCAAAUGCGUAUGACCCACACUUACCCGAUGGAACACCCAAGUACUCGCUAGCAGGAAAAGGGCAUAACGCGAAACCUUCAGACACGCCAGGACCCAAUGCAUAUGAUCCUCAUCUACCUGAUGGCGCACCUAAGUAUACCAUGUCUGGUAAGGGACACGAUAGCAAAAUAUCGGAUGUUCCUGCGCCGAACGCUUAUGAUCCACAUUUAUCUGAUGGAACACCCAAAUACACGCUAGCAGGAAAAGGGCAUAACGCGAAACCUUCAGACACGCCAGGACCCAAUGCGUAUGAUCCUCAUCUACCUGAUGACGCACCUAAGUAUACCAUGUCUGGUAAGGGACACGAUAGUAAAAUAUCGGAUGUUCCUGCGCCGAACGCUUAUGACCCACAUUUACCUGAUGGAACACCCAAAUACUCGUUAGCGGGAAAAGGACAUUCUGCAAAACCUUUUAACACGCCAGGACCCAAUGUUUAUGAUCCUCAUCUGCCUGAUAAUACUCCUAAGUUCACCAUGUCUGGCAAAGGGCACGAUGAUAAAGUAUCAGACGUUCCAGCGCCAAAUGCUUACGACCCACACUUAUUAGAUGGCACGCCUAAGUAUAGUAUGUAUGGUAAAGGUCCUGACGCCAAACCUUCUGAUACUCCAGGACCAAAUGUAUAUGAUCCUCAUUUACCCAAUGGAACACCUAAGUUUACUAUGGCUGGCAAAGGUCAACCAGGAAAAAUAAAUGACACGCCUGGUCCUAAUGCCUAUGAUCCUAGUAAAUAUGAUUACAUGUUAGAUGGUGUGCCUAAAUACAGUUUUGGUAUAAAAGGACCUGCACAAAAACCGUCCAAUAAUCCUGCACCUAAUGCUUACAGUCCAGAAAAGGCAGAUAAAAUGCUGCAUGAAAGUUGCCCAUCGUAUACUUUCCGACCAAAGAUAGAAAGCGGAAAAGUCCCUGAAACGCCAGGACCUACAUCUUAUAACCCAGAGAAGGGCGAUAAAAUGUUACAUGAAACAUCUCCCGCGUACACAUUCAGACCUAAAGUCAAUGACGGUAAAAUCGAACUUACUCCUGCUCCUAAUGCAUACAAUCCUGACAAAGCUGAUAAGGUAUUAUUGGAAAAGUCGCCCGCUUACACCAUGUCACCAAAAGGGAAAGAUGCUAAAAUCAGCGACACGCCUGCUCCUAACGUUUACAAUCCAGAAAAGGCUGAUAAAGUUUUGUUAGACAAUGCUCCGCGCUAUUCGUUUAGGAUAAAAACUAAUCCCCACAAACCCGAUAAUGUUCCGGCGCCUAAUAGCUACAAUCCAGAUAAAGCGGAUAAAGUAUUAAUGCAUAGUGCUCCACAAUACACGUUCAGAGUGAAGACAGACACAUUGAAAGUUCUCGAUACACCUGCACCAAAUUCGUAUACAAUUCCUACGCCGGUCAAGACGCCGUUGUAUACCAUAUCUGGAAGGCACAAGGAGCCUAUUGACGAAAGACUGAAAGUCCCAGCGCCUGGCGCCUACAAUCCUGAAAAGAGUUACAAAUUCAUCUUGACUUAUUCACCUCAGCACACAUUUGGCAUUAAAAUCCAUACUGAUAAAUAUACUGAUACUCCUGCACCAAACACGUACCGCAUUCCUUCAGUGCUGGAUACGCCGGUGUACACCAUGUCCGGCCGCCACCGAGUACCGACUGAUGACCGCGCGAGGGUGCCUGCCCCUGGCACCUACUCGCCAGAAAAGGUGCAGCUAAGCAAGACACCCCAAAUUACUUUUGGAAUCAAACACUCACCACUUCUUGGGCAGCUGAAACCGAUCGAGCCUCUUCGGUCAACUACGAAAGACGUCACACAGAGGCAAACCGCGAAUAAUGUCUCCCAAACCACCGAAAGAAGAGUCACGCAGGUGCAAGAUAACAAGAUUGUAAAUAAUACACACGCGAUUGAAAAUUACGAUAAUCGACACAUUGUAAACGAGUCGAAUUCGAUGGAUGCUAUUCAAAACACGAGAACACAAGUCACCCAUUUGAGAGCUGAGAGUGAGCUCAGAAGUUCAACCGUAACUCCUGAACCUAUCCAAGAGAUACUCACUCAAGAGCUCGUAUGGGUUCCGGAGCAUCUAGAACAACCUAUCCGCCGUGGUUCGUACACCAUCGACAAAGAUGAUGGUUUUACGGAACAUUAUCACAGUGAUGAAGUCAUUCCAGUUGAAAAUGGAAUGAGGAGAGUCGCAACUAGCGGGGAAAGAGGUGCUGUUUGCACUGAAGAGAGCAGCAACAAGGUGAUCAGGAAAGAGGGUUUUGAACAGAACGUGCAAAGAAACGUUAAGAAUGCGAGUGCUCAUGAGAAGAGCCAAGCCACUACUGAGGAAGUGAGGACCGGUACUGAGGUGAAACAGCUGGCCAAUGGUGGCAUCGCUAAGACUACCACGACUACUACUAUCAGAAAAGUCGGUACUGCCGCCAAAACAGCAAAUGCCACGACCACUGUCACUCGCACCGCGACCGCAGUGACGUCGCGUGACAUCGGUGUCAAGUAAAUUGGUCGUAAUGUGCAGCUAUGCCGGCGUAGGAAGCUUCAAUUGGCUACAUUAAUACCGCUGCUACUAUUACUUACCUUGAUUUAACACUGAAGUUGACCCACUUGAUACGCCAUUCAUUGCGUUAUUUAAUACCAGACUGAUUGAUAAUAACAAUCGUUUGUAUCAUUUAUUCCUAUCCUACGUUGAAACUCUAUUCACACAGCUUACGGCUUUGUGUUUUAUUUAUUGCGAACCUAUUUAUUUUGAUAAGAUGAAAUGACAUCCAUUAUAUUACUUUUAAUAAUUUUAUUAACGUUACUAAUGUUGUUACAAUAUUGAUAUUUUAAUAAACAUUUUAUUUUUA